ACACUGCAGACACACACACACAACCAAAACUCACACGCCGCUCACAUUUUAAUAUAAGCAUUGUUUCCUGCAACAUUCUCAGCUAUCAGGUGGAGAGCUUCUCAAACCUGCUGGUGAGUGCGAUUACACAUUGCGUAAUUACUACUUGUAGUUCACUGCCACUGGAAAGGCAGAAACAAAGUUCGGUUCGAAUGCUUGGUUAAAGAUUAGCCAACAUUCAACUUGUGGAGAUCUACCACGGCAAACAGUUUCGGGAAGAUUACAGAAAGCUGCAGCCUUUGCCCUGUGGCACACCUACCUACAUCACUGACACUCCCGCCUACAGAGAGACAAAAACAACAGCAAGAAAGAAGUUUAUUGUUUAAGCUGAAUUCCUCAGAUCAUUUGGAAGACUUACACUGCAGCUUCAGGGAAAAGAUUUGCUGAAUAUAGACCUCUCUCCUGCGUCCAGUUUUGAGAUACAUGUAAGAUUUCAACCCAAAGUUAAUCUAAUGGAGGUAACAACGCUCUCCAGUAAUCAGACUACAUUAGUGCCUCCAGCAGAUGGCAGCAAGACAUGGCACUAUCUUGUUGGUGUUCUGGUAGCUGCUAUCAUCCUCUCCGCAUUGACCGUCAUUUGUGCGAAAUUCAAACUCUUCCACAAGUACUUUACCAGCUACAGCCACCACCUGCUGCCAGAGCCAGACUUGGGCUACCAAGACAAUGACACCAUUAGUGUGAGCAUGGCACAUGAUGGCCAUAUGAAGGAGAUUAGAAACCAUGCAAUGUAUCCACCCGAGGGCUUGGACGAAGAUGACGGAUACAUUGAAGACAAUUACAUUCAGGUGGAAACGAAGCCCGAGGAGGAGGAGAUGCACGUUGCCAUUUAACAACAAACCGAACCCAUCAUCUCGAAUUUUCUAAAACAUUCCAUUAUUCACAUUAUGCACCAAACUGAGCUCUUGCCCACUGUGUUGUGUGUGAUGGUCAAGGUUUAUUGCUCAGUUGUUGGAUUUGCUGAGGUCUCUUUCCAUUUUGCAUGGUAGAGGUGCAGCUGUCAUAGAAGGGAAAUAAAUACAGGAAUUGCA